CUUUGUGGGCUUUCUUUCUCUCUCUAAAUUUCUUCCUUUCAAGAACUCUCUCUCUCUCUCUAAAUUUCUUCCUUUCAAGAACUCUCUCUCUAACCUCCUUUAUUGCAUGACCUCUAUCACCCUGCACCUUGUUUCCAGUUCUGUGCCCACCCCUCUCUCUCUUCAAAAUUGUGGUUUAUUCACAAAAGCCUCCCAUUUCCCACCUUCCAUCUCCUUGUUUGGUGGCCAUUUUUCUCUCUCUAAGCUCCCCUUUCCAUUUCUUGUUUCUUGGCCUUGUGGGGUCUUUUUCUCUCUCUAAAUUCCCUAUUCUCUCUCUUCUUCCAUCACCUUCUUCUCUCUCCUAUUCCAAAUUUUUCUCUCUAGAAAACAUGAAGAACCGGGCUUCUACGUUCCUGAAACAGAUGUUGUCAGUUAUUGGGUCCCUUGUGAAGGCCAAAUCGAGCUCAGUUAAACACAAGGCAGAAGCCAUUAAAACCAGGCUCAUAGUCUUUGGUUUACUGAGAAAUAAUAAGAAGGUUUUCACCACCAUUUCUCACAAAAUUCACCAUCUCCUCGGCCAAGAUGAUGACCAGUGCAAAGCCAUUGUUGUCUACAAUUCAAUGGCUUUGGAGCCAACAUCGGAGCUCUGCUUCAACAAACCAGAGGAAGAUGAAGAGUAUCCAGACCUGACCCACUCUCUCUUCGACUCGGAGGACACCGAGCUUGAAAACCCAGGCCAAUCUGCAAUUGAUCUGGUCAAGCAAUCAGUGAACACGGCAGAUUUCAAGCUCGAAGACGAGAUCGAUCAUGUCGCCGAUCUCUUCAUCAAGAGGUUUCAUAAGAGGAUAGAGAUGCAGAAGCAGCAGUCCUUUAAGAGGUAUGAGGAGAUGCUUAACAGGAGUGCCUAGAAGAAGUUAGAAAGAGAAAGUAACAGAGAUUGAUUGUAUUUAGAUGAUUUUAAGAGAACCCCACUUGCACUUAUACUUCGUUUUCAUGGAUUGAGCUGGUUCUGAUGUUUCAGAGGAGAGAGAAAUUAUCAGAUAAUUUUAGCCAAGAAUUUCCUCUCCAAUGUGGCUCUUUGCUUCUUCAGAGAAGAGGGAGAAAGACUAGACCUUGAUGCAUAUGUUCAAAUGGGGUUCUUCUAAAGUUUUUUCUCAGAGGAGAGAGAAACCUAGGCCCUCCCUUGAGUUGAUUAAGAUUAGAAUCUGUGAAACAAAAAUGCAGAAAUUGAUGACAAAUGGAAUUGGUUUUUAUAUGUGAUGACCUGUUGUUUAGGAAUUAGUAUAUGUAUGUACACCAUGGAUAUGUGGGCUCUAACUGUAUCUAUUCCCUUUCUACAUUUCAAAUAAAAAUCACCCUUCUGAAUGUGUACA